GCCAGAAGAACGAACAAAUCUGUCUUGGAAGAAGUAUAGCCACAAUGAUCCUUAGAGGUUCGGACUGCCUUUUGUGCUGCACCUAGAGAAGACAAUAGCAUGGGACCUUCUGCAGAAGGAAAUCUUAGAGAAGAUGAAGUAUUUCUUGAGGCCCACAGUUUGUAUUCAGGUGUGUCCAUUCAGUUUGCGUGUGGUCAGUGUUGUGGGAAUAACAUACUUGUUGCCCCAGGAGGAGCAGCCCUUGUGCCAUCCCACAGUAGAAAGGGCAUUAAAAUCUUGUGGACCAGGCGGUACUGCUCAUGUGAAAUUAGUAGUAGAAUGGGACAAGGAGACAAAAGAUUUCUUGUUUGUAAAUACUGAAGAUGAGUAUAUCCCUGAUGCAGAAAGUGUCCGUCUGCAAAGGGAGCGUCAUCAUCAGCCUCAAACUUGCACUUUAUCCCAGUGUUUCCAACUCUACACCAAAGAGGAACGGCUUGCCCCAGAUGAUGCCUGGCGUUGCCCACACUGUAAGCAGCUGCAGCAGGGGAGCAUUACUUUAAGCUUGUGGACUCUGCCUGAUGUGCUUAUUAUACAUCUAAAGAGAUUUCGACAGGAAGGAGACAGGCAUAUGAAACUUCAGAACAUGGUCAAGUUCCCUUUGACUGGCCUGGACAUGACUCCUCAUGUGGUUAAGAGAAGCCAGAGCAGCUGGAGUUUGCCGUCCCAUUGGUCCCCAUGGAGACGGCCCUAUGGACUCGGGCGGGACCCUGAGGACUACAUCUAUGACCUGUAUGCUGUGUGCAAUCAUCAUGGCACCAUGCAAGGGGGGCACUACACAGCAUACUGUAAGAACUCCGUGGACGGCGUCUGGUACUGUUUCGAUGACAGCGAUGUCCAGCAGCUGGCUGAAGAUGAGGUCUGCACACAGACGGCAUACAUCCUUUUCUACCAGAGGCGGACAGCUAUACCCUCGUGGUCAGCUAACAGCUCAGUGGCAGUUUAUAAGGGACAAGCUUGAAGCAGCUGAAAGGAAGCAUCACUC